GCGGCUGCAUCACUCCAGAUGUCAGCCGCCGAAAUACACCGACGUGGAUUUAAUCAGCUUCUUGUCAUUUAUCAUCAUUUUUCUGGGCUGAUAAGAGCUGAAGGUUGAAGUUUUUGAGUUUUCAUCCCUUGGACACUUUGAACAAACAGGACGAGGGACGAUGGGGAUUUAUCGCAUCCACACCUGCGCACCCUCAGUCUGCACGGGUCGGGAUUGGUUUUGAGAAGAAAGUCGCGGUUUUUUUUGUUUUUUUUUAGUUUCUUCCUCCUCUGCAGCAUCAUGCAGAGCAACAGCAGCGCCUCCGGACCCCUGACCGCCCUCAGUGUGUGCGGAGGAGAGGAGGACGAGCGAGAGAUCUUCAAACUUGUCAGCCCGACGGAAGCAGCGUCCAACCUGGCAACCUUCAACCUCUCCCUGAACUGCUGGCUGCACAUCCUGUCCAAGGAGUCUUCACUGGACCUGCACGGAGACAGCGCCAACCUGGCAGUGCGGGUUCUCAUCGCCCUCAUCUACUCGGUGGUGUGUGUUCUGGGGCUUGUGGGUAAUCUCCUGGCCCUCUUCCUGCUCCACUCCCGCCGCCGGGGCCACCACCACUCAUCCAUCGACUGCUUCGUGAUGAGCCUCGCCCUGACCGACCUACAGUUCGUCCUCACCUUGCCCUUCUGGGCCGUGGACACGGUGAUGGACUUCCGCUGGCCCUUUGGCCGGGUCAUGUGCAAGAUCGUGAGCUCGGUCACCACGCUGAACAUGUACGCCAGCGUCUUCUUCCUCACCGCCAUGAGCGUGACCCGCUACCGCUCCCUGGUGACCUCGCUGAAGAUGGAGAGCCCGAGGAAAGCCGCUGCUCGAGCUAAAUGGGCCAGUUUGGCCAUCUGGGUGGUGUCACUGGUGGCUACACUGCCUCAUGCUUUCUACUCCACCACAGUCCAGGUGUCUGCAGAUGACGAGCUGUGCUUAGUGCGCUUCUCUGACUCCGACUCAGACCACUGGGAUCCUCAAGUCCUGCUUGGGCUCUAUCAAACACAGAAAGUCCUCCUGGGAUUCGUAGUCCCCUUGAUCGUCAUCUCCGUGUGCUACCUCCUCCUGCUGAGGUUCAUCCUGAGCCGCCGCAUCGUGGGCAGCAUGGUCAGCGACAGUGUCACGGAGGCGUCAGAGUCAGAGAGAGGACGCCACCGCCGCCACUCCAAACUCACUCGCUCGGUCACCAUCGUAGUCCUGUCCUUCUUCCUCUGCUGGCUGCCCAACCAGGCCCUCACCCUGUGGGGGGUGCUCAUCAAAUUUGACUUGGUUCCCUUCAAUAAAGCCUUCUACAACACCCAGGCCUACGCCUUCCCCCUGACUGUGUGCUUAGCUCACGCUAACAGCUGCCUCAACCCAGUUCUCUACUGCCUGAUCCGAAAGGAGUACAGAGCCGGACUGAAGGCGCUCCUGCUGAGAGUGUCGCACUCCCUCCGAAAUCUCCUCACAGCGGCUCUGAGGGGGAGGAGGGUGGAGGAGGCACCACCCAGCCUGGUUAUGAUACACAAGGAGAUCAAUAUGUGAUUUACUCCGGAGGAGGGAAACGUUUGACUUUUUGGGAAAAAUGUAUUCACUUCCCCGCUGAGACUUAAAUAAGAAGAAACCACUCUUGUUUGUACCCUAAAUAUGAAACUGCAGCCAGCAGCAGGUUAGCUUAGCUUAGCACAGUGUUAGGAAACAGGGGAAAUGGCCUGGCUCUAUGCAAAGGCAUUUAUGUACGAAUUCAAAACUAAAACUAAAAUUCUCAGCACAAUGUGGAGGAAUAGCAGUUUUAACAUUAUGACCUCUCAUAUUAUGUGGCACAACAACAGAAAGCAUGCUAACAAGCUAGCACUGGACCCUCCAGGCCCAAGGCAGUCUGUACUGUGCCCAAGCAUGUUUGACUCAACAGGUUACAUAUUCCACCUUUAAAUCAGCCUAUUAACAUGUGUAAAGUUUAAAAAAAAAAAAAAAAAAGGUGAAGAACGACUAAAAGCUGUUUUUUAUCUUGGCUCUCAGUUUUGCUGGUUGGUUUCUGUGCGGAUGUCGUUCACUAAGUGAGCUUCGUCAGUGCUUCUAGACGGAUGUUGUUUCCUUUAAACAGAUCCAGGCCGGCUGGUGCUAAGCUAAGUUAGCCAGCUGCUAGCUAUAGCUCGUACAGAGUGUAAAUAAUGGAAGGAGCUCCUGGGUCUGGAAAUUGAGGCCGACACGGAGGUGCCUUAAAAAUGAGUCUGAUUGUAUAGAAGUCUAUGAGAAAAUGACCCUACUUCUCACAUCCUAAUCCGUUCAUGGUCUCAGUUUCUUGUUUCAGGUCUACUUUAACGGAGCGCGAUGUUCAUUAUGUAAAUUACGAUCCCAGUUAGAGCAAAACAGACGACUCAUCAUAGAAGUCCACAAACCAAUGUGGGUCUAGCUUCAUAUUUAACAUGCAGACACGAGAAUGAAUUUGAUCAUCUCAACUCCAGGCAAGAAAGCACCCAAUCGUAUAUUCCCAAAAUGUCAAACUUUUCCUUUCGUCCUAACGAAAAUUGUCCCUUAUGGAUCUACCGUGCCAUAUUUUCUUUGGUGCCAUUUUCUAACAGGGUUCGUGACACCGUCAGACCUCCAAAUCUCUCAGCCUUCAAACUGGACGCGCACACGUGUAGACUCACCCGUUACAGACUAACCUGAAAGUUGUGUUUUUAGCUUUAUCAUGAAAAAAAAACGAGCCAGCUCAUGCAAAGUCAUGCUAAAGCACCCGCACAGGCAAUCAUGAGAACUGUUAGGAUCGCCAUUCAGAUGGAUGUGUUCAAUAUUUAUAUGUGUUAAUUGUUGCUAACUCGGUGAGGAAACUAGAGUCUCCCUAAUCACAUGCAGUGAAACUGAACUCCGAGGUGUUUGGCAGUCGGUGUUUGAUGUCUCUCGGUGUCUGCCUUGCCUUGCUGUACCGCUGUGAUUGUGAUUACACAUAUGUGAUGUGACAUUAAAUAAAACCAGAGGACAAAAGA